UAUUACAAUAAUUAAUUAUGAUUAUCAUGAUACGACCCUCUUCGCCGUACCUUCAUCUCUCUCUUUUUUAUAUUCCUUUCCCUGACCUUCCCUGAUAAUUCUUCCUUGAUUUAAGAUUCUUCUUCGUCUAAUUCUCUUUGUUUCUGUCAGAAUUUCCUGAUUUAUUCGAACAGGAAAUUUGACGACGAGAUCUUGUAAGGGAACUGAAAUUUAGCGCUCUAAAAAUACAGAUCCGAGGUUAAUCAUGGCAGAAGAGCACAGAUGCCAAGCACCGGAAGGGCACCGUCUAUGCGCCAACAACUGCGGCUUCUUUGGCAGCCCAGCCACGAUGAACAUGUGCUCCAAAUGCUACAGAGAUUGUUACCUUAAGGAGCAACAACAAGCCUCCAUCAAAGCCUCCCUCUCUGCUCCCUCUCCUUCCUUCUCUCUCUCGCCAGCGACAGAGUCCCUCUCAUCUCUCACCCAGCCGGAGGUCACCGGAGAUGUACAGAACACGGUGGUGGAGGCAGCUACGGCGAUGGGGACGGUGCAGCAGCCUAAUCGGUGUUCGGUGUGCAGAAAACGGGUCGGGUUGACCGGAUUCAAGUGCAGGUGUGGGACCACGUUUUGUGGGAGCCACAGGUACCCGGAGAAACACGAUUGCACGUUCGAUUACAAGACGGCUGGCAGAGAGGAGAUUGCGAGGGCCAAUCCACUGGUCAAAGGUAAAAAGCUCGAGAAGAUCUAGACCGUUGUUGACUUCAAUCAACACCGCUUGGGCCGAGAACCGUGAAACAAAUAUCAUGUGUUUUACCGCAGAUUGAUGCUCUGUUGAUGACUGCCGUUGAUCACAGCCGUUCAUCUCGCAUUGGUGUUAUAAAUAUAUUGCUUUACUAAAGUUGUUUUUUGACGUGGGUUUUUCCUGUUUGUAAAAAAAUGCAAAAAAAAAAAAAAAAAAGGAAAAAAAAAAGAUAAGUCGCUUUCUUGGUGGAGUUGAAAGAUAAGUGAUGGUUUGGUUGGUUUCGUGUAGAUUCUUCCUAUUUGCCAAGUGGUUUGGAGUUUGGACCUUUUGGCCGUGUCUUACUUCUUCAUCCAAUCACAUCACAUAUUUCUUUUU